GGAGCGGCAGGCGGCGGCGACACAGCCGCUCAAUAAAGCAAGUUUUGCCUGCUGUGAGGGGGUGGCAAGGUCUCGCCGCAUUCAGGGGCUCCGGUACCAUGGCUGCGGUGUUGCUCGGGCAGGCAGCAGUCCCUGCCGCGGCGGCGACCCGCCGCUAACCUUCUUCGGGAGCGGGCGCAGCCGCCUCCGCCGGCCAUCCGGGCCGCGGCCGACCGCCGACGAGCGCGGAGCUCCGCGCCGCUGCCGGAGAGCGGCGGUGCCCCCGGGCCGGCAACCAUGUGGGGCGGGCUGCACCCCCAGCUCGGCUUGCGCGGCUACAAGGCGGGCUCAGAUUAUUCCUCAGUGGGAUGGCUACCUGGUACUGAAUCCCUGUGGCAGUCCACAACCAUUUCAUCAAGCAGUCAAGGCAAUCCUGUCAGAAGACACAGCAUAGCUUCCGACAGCGGGGACACCGGGAUUGGUACCUCCUGUUCUGAUAGUGUGGAAGAUCAUUCAACCUCAAGUGGUACCUCCUCGUUUAAGCCCAGCCGAUCCCUGGUUUCCAUUCCCACUGCCCAUGUGAUGCCGUCCAAUGCCAGCUCUUCGCUUCCCAGGCACAGGGAAGCUUUCAAGUCUGACAGCUCAAAGUGGAGUACAAACUUCGUACGGUCAGGAGGAGGCAGGAAUCAGGGUGGCCUGGACAGCUCUCUUGACAUGAAAGAUGUAAGACCUGUAAGAAAAUGGUCCUCCUUGUCUAAACUCAGCUCACCAAAUACCUUCAGCCAAGAUGGCAGUAGUCAUUCGGUGGACUCCAGGGCCAGUGCAGACAAAGCUGUGUCACCACAGCUGAGGACAAAUGGAGCAAGUUGUUUGCACGACAGCAUGGAGUUACUAAAAAUUGAGGACAGAGAAAUGGGGAAAAAAAGAUCUUCUCUGCUGGACUGCAAGUACAAAUUUGAGACGUGCAGCAAAGAUGAUUUUGCUUCAGAUUGCUCAAGUAGGAGACAUGCCUUAGACUUGACCUACAGUGCCUUACCUGAGAGCAUGCCCAUGGCAGCCACUUGUGAGGCUUUUGGACAGAGAUAUGCAACUCUGGGCCAGCAGGCUGUGAGUGGAGCUCCCAUCCAGCCAGCAGUGAGGACUCAGAUGUGGCUGAAGGAGCAGCUACGGGCAAAUCCCUUGGACUGCAGGACUGCUGAGGAGCCCUACGGUGGGACUGCAUGGCAUGUGCAGCAGCUUGAAGAUUUCAGAACAGGAGGUGAACAGCCUGGGCAGGUCCCAACUGGCACAUCUCGUCAAAGUUACCCAACUACCAGCUAUCAGGACUACAGCAACUGGGAGUCUCUAAUGAAAAUCAAAGAGGGGCUGUUGAGGCAGAAAGAGAUCGUGAUCGAUCGGCAAAAGCAGCAAAUUAACAAUUUACAUCAGAAGAUCAGGGAGAAUGAGUUACGAGCUCAACAUGCAAGACUGAACCAUCUUGUGAACUGUGAGGAUCCUUACCUGCCUAAUUUGCAGCAACCACAGUACGAGAGCACACCGCUGCAGCCUCACCUUUCAGAAAGACCAACGUCCCACCUUGAGGAGCUCGAGCGAAAGAUUGCAGCAGCUGAGACCAAGGGACUGCAACUCACCGAAUUUAUAAAACAAAUUACAAACAAAUCUAGUGAGGAGAAAAAGAAGAUGGAGGAGAAACUUAAAACCAGAGACCGAUACAUUAACAGCCUGAAAAAGAAAUGCCAGAAAGAAUCUGAGCAAAACAAAGAGAAACAAAGACGAAUUGAAACCUUAGAAAAAUAUCUGGCUGACCUACCAACACUGGAUGAUAUAGAAGGGCAGACUAAACAGCUGCAAAUUCUAGAAGAGAAGAACAAGCAACUGCAAGAAACGAUGGCAGAGUUAGAAAAGAAGCUUGGAGAAGCCCGAUUGCAGUGCAGAGAGAAAGAACUGCAGCUGGUGUGUCAGAAGAAAAAAGAAAAAGAGCUGGUCACAACAGUCCAGAGCUUACAACAGAAAGUGGAAAAAUGCCUGGAAGAUGGUAUCCGCCUUCCGAUGCUGGACACGAAACAGCUCCAGACUGAGAAUGAAUGUCUCAGAGAAGAGAAUGAGAAAGCCAGCAAGGUCAUAGACAAUCAACAAAACCAGAUAGCUGGACUGAUUUCAGACAUGCAGUCUAUGCAAGAGAAGCUUUUGCAAGAAAAGCUGGCAGUUCAGAAGAUGACAAAUGAGCUUGAAGAGAAAGAAAGGAAUAUAGAGCAGCUAAAUAAAACUUUCUCUGAAAACCAAAGACUGAUGGAAGAGAAUGCCUGCCUGAAGGAGCAGAUGCGGCAGGUGGAGCAGUCCCAGCAGCCAGUGUCGGAGAAGAUGCCGAUAGCAGACCAGUUGUUCAAGGAAAUGUCCCACUGCUUGUUUGACUUGAAGGCACUGUGCAGUAUUCUUACCCAGAGAGCUCAGGGCAAGGAGCCUAACCUUUCCUUACUGCUGGGAAUCAGAUCAUUGAGUGGCUCACCAGAAGAGAAUGAAAACUACCACAGCACAGAAACCCUUUCCAAGAAGCUCCUGGAUGUCUGUCAGUUGCGGAAGGACAUUGAUGAGUUAAGGACUAUGAUGUCAGACCGUUACGCUCAGGACAUGGGGGACAACUGCAUUACUCAAUGACAACUUUUCAUCUGGUAUUGAGUGACAUAUUAAAUGCUGCUGUGGCACAGGUCUUGGCAUUUUUAUCAAGGAGCCAUACUGGAAGACUGCAAAUAUUGCCAGGUGUGCAGCUCUCUGAGGACUGUGCGUCCUCAAACUUGGGAGUCUGGCAGGGAGGGGAGAGGCAUCAUCUGAACAGAGUGGUACAAAGUACAAGAAAACUUUUCUCUAAACUACUGAAUGUAGGAACAAGCUGUGAAGAAUGAUUCAGUUGGAUAUUCUGUUUCCUUCCUUAGGGCUCAUUCUUAUCAUUUCACCUGGUUUCUGGAAUCGAAGCAUCAAAACAGCCAUGCUGCUAUUCCUCUCAGUCCUUUGCUUCAGGGGUUUGUGUGGGAUUGCCUGUGUUGUGAGAUUUAGAGCAGAGGGUCGAAGGACCUGUAGCUGGAUGUGGUGAAGCCAGAGGUUUCUUCAGCUGCACUCUAGGAAUUGCAAUUGGAGCAGUCUUGAAGCAACCACUUCUUGUAGUGCUCCUCAGGCUGCCUAAAAAUACUGACAUGGGAGAUACUAGUUUUAGUUGUGAUAUCUAUCUUGUUUGCCUACUAGCAGAAGAAAAUCAACUUGUAACUUCUUAAGACCAUAAUAUGGAGAGCUGUCAAAUUCCUUGAAGCACUCUCACAUUGCUGUAAGAAGUCUCAAUGAUGUUAAGAUACUAAGUCUUGAGACAAGCCCGGAGAAGCUGGAAGGCAUCGAACUGCAACAUAGUAAGUGCCUGUUAGGAGAAAAAAGAAGGAAAAAGAAAGAAAAAAUAGAAGACCAUCUGUAUCUUAGUGUUUGUACCACACUUAUUUUUUUCCCUUAGAUCAUCUCCUUUUUAAAAUGUGGCUGGUCUGUCUUCCAUCUCUGGAGGCCUCUGAGGAGGUUGUGAGCCGCAUCAACUGUUACUUAGUGCAGCUACAAAAUGGGUGUUUGGCACUGGGCAAAAUCAGGGCUCGGAACAGAAUGUUUCCACUUAGCAGUAUUAAGUACUCAGCUAUCUGAGGACUGCAAAAUAUUCCACAUUGUUUGGAAAUUUCUUGGUUUCUUUAUUUACACAGAAAGCAAUUACAUCAAAAAAGAGAAAAAAAGAUUAUGUUUCAUAGUUUAUUCAGUGAGUGUCACUUGGCAGGCCUGUUUCCCUCCGCUGGGACCCAUGCCGUGCUAAGGCUUUGAAUUUCCUGGAACAUCACUGAAAGUUAGCUGCAGAGAUAUGCAUCCUGUGUGAGAGAUUCAGCUGAAGGAAACAAACUUGCAAAGAGCAAAACCACUCUUUGCUCACACUGUUAAAAUACAUGAGCAGCAGUUCCAUAUUUGGUAUUAAAAGUUUCCAAUGGCUAAAGGUUCAAGUCUGGUAGCUGACCCAGAGUGUGGAGAACAGCAGGAAUCUCUUAGCUUAAUGCUUAUCAGCAAGUAAAUUGUAGGGUAACAUUUUGAUGAUAAAAGUACCUUCAGUUCUCUGAUUAUGAUUGGUAUAGCAGUGUGAACUGGUUACCAGUUUUAACUUGGUGAUGUUUUGCUUUCUGUUCAUUGUUAAACAGUUAAUGUUUUUAUGAUUUAGUGAUUUAAUCUUUUCUUUUUAACUAUGUGGAAUGAUUUAUUUGACAGUUUCCUCUAUCCUGAAUCUACACAUGGAGUAAUUUUGUGUAAAAAAAAAGUGUUGCUAUUUAUGUUAUUGCUACGUGGUGUUUUCAGGUAGAUGAAUCUGACCGGUUCAGCUCCUGUGAGCACAAAAACAGUGUCUAGAUUCAGUCUGCAGUGAAAUUGCCUGGUGUCCCUACUGCAAGGUAAGAAAGAACAAUAAGGCUGUUAGUAUUUUUAAUUUCUAUGCUUUUCCUGGAGGUUUGAAGGCAUGCUUUGCUACCAGUGCAAAACUGGAAACAAGGAUCUCUGCACAAAUGGGCUUGGACAGUUUCCCAUGUCUCUAACAGUGCUGGCUUCUGUGACUAGGGCCUCAGUACAGCCAUUUGGCCCUGCAAUGGAGCAGUCUGUGGCAGCUCUCUCCCAUUAGAAUUCAACAACACUUCAGAUAAGAAAAUAGAAGUACUGGGGAGAGAGGAAAGACCUGAGUUGCAUGUUACUGUGUCCUUAGAUGGUAUCAUUGCACCUAAUGAAAUGGCCAAGCAGGACAUUUUUCUGAAUUUGGUAGGUAUACCAAGGAGUUUAAUGGAGCAACUUGGGAGUCACUUAGAGCUGUUGAGCUGCUUCUUUGGCUGCCGUGCCUCCACUGUCCCUCGUGUUCAACAGAGAAACAACUCAACUGCUAAGCUGAGAUCAGGAGUUUGUAUUGGCAAAGCACUUCAGGAGCUCUCAUGCUCCUCAAGCAUUAGUUGAAAGCCCCUCCGGAAGGAGGUCCCAUGUUCUUUGUAAUACUUUGAUUGCAGUGCUGUAGUCUUGCACUGUGAUCCUUUCCUUGCAGAACCUGCAAUGUUUGUUGACUCUAAAGCACUUGAUAUGUUAAACCCCCCUGAUGUUGAAUUAGAGAGGUAAAUGAUGGAUGUGCGAGCCAAAGAUGCAGACCACCAGUUGACCAUCUAUAAUGAUACAGUGUUUUGCUUUGAUGACUUCAAAUUUGGCCUGUGCUAGUAGUAGCAGUUACUAUAUAUGCAUCAGUUUAUAGAUGCUUCUCAAUGGACUAAGCUUUGUCUAAGAUAUGCAUGGUUGUUUAACUGGUUAAAAUGUAGUGUGUUUGGGCUCAUUCAGCAUAUUUAAUACAGAGUUGGGUAAAGAAUGUUAACCUUGGAAUUGCAUAGAUUUAGUCAUGACAACUUUUUGCUGUAGCUAUUAGACAAUCUCAAGGGCUGAAAAACAACUGCUACUGAAUGGAUCCUGUCCCAUUCUGUUCUGGCUGUCAGCAAAUCUGUACAGUGACAUGUUGUUUGGUGUAGUUUCAGAUGGAAUAUCUAAAAUGCUUUGGGAAAUACUUACAGUAACUGCUGUAUGCAAGAAUGUACUUUGAAAAAGACUUGGAAAGUAACUGUCCUUGGACGAGCUAUAGGCAAUGCUGUGUAUUUGCUAAGAGAAAUGAUGCAGCUCCAGUGUGUAAAUGCAGUGUAGGUUGGUAGCCUCAGCUCUGCAGCUCCAUAGCGUGACCCUUGUGUGAAAUUGUAGAGAUGCCCUAACCACCCCCUUGGGCUCUGGCAUUCAAAAUUGCAGGUAGCCAUGAGGUCAUGAAAAGAACUGAAAUGCUGUCCUUUUCAUUUCAAAAGGUUUCCUCCUUCCUUUGCCCUCACUGCCUGCCGUACGUUUCAGACCUAUUGCUGAAUGUUUUUCUUGCAGAGUAGGAGCACCAGGGAAGCAGGCAAGCACCUUCCUCCUCAGCCUGCUGCCUUAGCAUGGGCAGCAAUCACAGUCUCUCUCCACAUGGACAUCGUUUGGCCCAGAUUUCCUUAUAAGUGAUGUACUGCAGAUGGAGUUGGGGCUGUAACUGGGCUCACUGAUGUGAGGGGGGAAAAAUCUUGUGAACUAAUCUGCAUUUUUAGACUGCAGACAAAUCAAUGGUUAUUGUCUAAAGGGAUGAUCUGUUCUGGUAGCUCAUUAGCAAUAUUAAUUCCACAGCUGCAUACCUUUGUGCCUUUUUUUUGCCUGAACUAAGUGUGUAUUCCCCUUGAACUGCAGAUAAGUGUUUAGAAAGCUGCUCCUUGUCCUCUCACCUGCCAGUGUUUUGUUUGAAGAGCCUUUGCAGUGAGACCUCUGGCACAAUGUCUGGAAGCAGAAGCAUUCAGCUAGAGACGAGGCCUACGCUCUGAAGGUCAGGCCCAGUGCAGUAUGCAGCUUUUUAAAACAGAAAGCAUGAGCAGGAAGCUCAUCGCAAUGUGUUUGUUUCAUGUAUAUUAACAACAAUCUAAGCCUCGGUGGGGAGGAGUGUCUGGAGCGAUCACCUAAAAGCACAGCUACCACACGUACUGGAUCAGUCCCUGCAGACUGGUAGUAUCGUAAAUUGGGUUCCAUUUUUGAACCGCUCAGAAUACCUCAGAUGUAAAUAGAGUUGUCAUGACUUCAUCGCAACGUGGCCAUUGUAAAAAGCGAAGGAGCCACUGGCUGGCUCAGCUUUAGGCUUCCUGUCCUCGCCGCUUUUGUAACUUGGGGUUUUGGUGGUUCUUUGGGUUUUGGUUUUGGGUUUUUUUUUUUGGUUGUUUUUUUUUUUUUUAAAGUAGAGUUUACAGCUAGAAUUUUGAAUGCCAAAGUUCUAUUUAUUAAAUAAUUAUAAUAAAUAAAAAAAUUCAUUGUUUAUGACUGGUAUUUUUCCACUGGAAUUUUGUUUGUGGAGGUUUGGGAUUUGUAGCAAAAAAAAGAAAAUAAAUUUUGUUAGAAAAGU